AUGACCAGCAACAGCAACAACGGGGCCAAACCAGCAGCACCAACACCAGCUGCAGCAGCAACGCCCAACACCCGCAGGCCCUUGUAUAGCCGAGGUGCGCAAGCCAAUCCGGCCGAAAACCAUUUGGCCAGGAUCCAGCAGAAGCUAAGUGAUGAGCAGCAGCAGCAACAAAAACAAAAACAGCAGCAGCGCGGACACAAUUUGGGUCGGCAGCACCAGCAGCAGCACCAGCAUCGCGGCCAUCAUUCCCAGCCACAGGCCAAGGGGCGCCAAUGCCAGCGCGAUCAACGGGUGCAGCCAACUCCAAAACGUUUCCAGACACCGAGAAAUCCCCAGCAUCAGCAGCAGCCAGCCAUCCAAUGCGAUGGCAAGUGUGUGGAAAUCCUGAAAGAGUACGCCGUCAAAAUUGAAAACUUAGAGAAAAGACUGCAAGAACUUACCACAUUAAUUACAAACCUGACGGAAGCAAAGGGCAGUGGCUCAGCAGUGGCCAAUCCUCCAACACAGACACCAGCAGCAGCACCAACACCUACAAGACCCGCCGCCAAUACACAACCUGACGCCGCAGCCGUAUCGGAGGACUCUGAUAUGGACUGCGAAGCACUCAGCGACGAUGGCGACGACCUGUGGACGGACGACGAUUCAUUUGACGACGAGAUAGCGGAGAUCAUAGACGCCUACGAUAGCUACUACUCUGACGUCUUUUGAUGAGCCCAAAAGUCGGUCCUGAGGCAGCCACUAAAAACAGAUGGAAACCAUUAACUCACAUAACCACGAAAAAUGAAAAAUGACCAAUACGUACUCACCUUACACGCCAUCGGCAGAGCUGCCCCACCAGCAGAUGCCACGACAAAUAGACCAAACCUUUGCUGCUAAUUUGACGACAUUCUUGGAAU